UGCUCGUCUCGGUCUGAAGGGGGCGGAAGUUGGGUGUCGGACACUUCCUGAUCCGGGGAAGCGCGUGCGCGUGUUUAUCCUCGGUCCUCAUCACGAUCUGCAAACUACAAAGUUUGUUUUCAGACUGUGGUUCUGGAGGCUCCUGUGUCUGGGUUUCUUGAACUCGUCAUGUUCUGCAGCCGCCAGAGUUUAGACUUAUAAAUAGAGGCUUUAAUAGGACGGACUAGAGUUUGGAUGUUCUCAACGCUGUAAAAACGCUGUAAUUCCUCGAAGGCUGCAGGUCCAGCGGGAUUGAAACCAUGUCGGACGGACGGAUCUACGUGGGAAACCUUCCCAUGGACGUCCAGGAGAGGGACAUUGAGGAUCUCUUCUUCAAAUAUGGAAAGAUUCGUGAUAUUGAGCUGAAGAACAACAGAGGCACCAUCCCGUUCGCCUUCGUGCGGUUUGAGGAUCCACGGGAUGCUGAGGACGCCGUCUUUGGGAGGAAUGGAUAUGGGUUUGGAGACUGUAAGCUGCGUGUGGAAUAUCCACGAUCUUCCGGAUCCAAGUUUAGUGGACCUGCGGGAGGAGGAGGAGGAGGACCGCGGGGACGGUUUGGACCUCCGUCGCGCAGAUCUGAGUUUCGUGUUAUUGUGACGGGUCUUCCUCCCUCCGGCAGCUGGCAGGAUCUGAAGGACCACAUGCGGGAGGCUGGAGACGUGUGUUUCGCAGACGUGCAGCGUGACGGCGAGGGGGUGGUGGAGUUCCUGAGACGAGAGGACAUGGAGUACGCUCUGAGACGCCUGGACAGCACCGAGUUCAGAUCCCAUCAGGGAGAGACGUCCUUCAUCAGAGUGAUGGAGGAGCGCGGCACAAGCUGGGGUCGCUCACGCUCCCGCUCCAGAUCUCGAGGACGAUACUCGCCCCCGUACCAGAGCAGAGGGUCACCGCCGCCCCGUUACCGAUCGCCCCCGCGUCACAUGACCCGUCACAGCCCCCCGUCCCGCCGAGCGCCGCUGCAGCAUCACAGUCCUCCGCCGCGACACUAUCGAUGAGCGCCUUCUCCAGCGUAAUUCACAUUCCAGUGUAGGACCCUGAUGGCCUUCUUCACCGUUCAGUUCACGCAGAGCUUGCGGAUAUGUUAAUGAUGCUGCAUAUGUUUACAGAUGUGGUUAUGAUUGUGAACGAUCUGAGGAUGAAUAACCUGUUUUGUCUUUUUUGAAUAUUGACGUUUGUUUGUGAUUAAUCGGAUCCAUUUCAUAGACAUCGACUGUUUUAUUAAUUUUUUAUGAUUUGCAUAAAAGGCUGAAAGUUUUUAAAAAUGUUAUUUUUUUUCUGGAAUCUCCCUAUGUGAAUUUGUUUUUGUUUUUUUCUUGUUUUGUAUCAUGUGAUGAUUGU